GAGCGAAAGGCUUAGGCCAUACGAGAAGCUAACAAGCUAACAGUUUGAGAGAAAGAUUUUUCCUUUCAGCACUUAACUUUACAAUUUCUUCAUUUGUGUUUUGAGAAGUUUUCUUCGCAUUAAAUCCCAAAGGGUACUUUAACCUCAGGCCUUUAAUCAAACCCAACAUUUGCGUCUAAUUUAGCUGGAUAACAGGCCUACGUUAACGCUAGUCGGUUAGCAUAACUAUCGUUAACAUCGAGCAGUUAAUAUUUCUGAUGUCCGAUUGUCGGAAAGUUAGCUUAUCGAUCUAACAGAAAGGUUGUGGUUAGUACUAAUCUGCUCUGAUAAGAAUUGUUAGAUUAAAAGUUCGGUUCUGCAACAUUGUGAGGACAUGGCUGCGGAUUGGUUGGGUAGUUUGGUGUCAAUUAACUGUGGACCAACACUGGGAGUCUAUCAAGGAGAGGUAUCGUCUGUGGACCAGUCCAGCCAAACUAUCUCUUUAAGACAACCUUUCCAUAAUGGGGUCAAGUGCCCUGUUCCUGAGGUCACAUUCAGUGCCAUUGACAUAAAGGAACUCAAGAUUCUAGAUAUCAGAAAUGGCAAUGUUAGGAUCAGCUCCUCUGCAUCUACAAAGGUAAGCAGUGCUCCAGUUGCAGUCCCAAAGGGUGACCCCAGGUCUGUGGAGAAGCUAAACUCUCCUCAGCACUGCUCUAAAAGCUAUGGAGAGCGUCAUCUGGAUGUUCCUGGCCAGCCUAAAGGAUUCCGUCGAAGACACAACUCCUGGUCAUCAAGUAGCCGAGGGGCAAACCAAGUGACACCAAAAAAGAACGGGGUGAAGAAUGGUCAGAUGAAGCACAGAGAUGAUGAGUGUUUUGGCGAUGGUGUGGAUGAUGGCCUGGACACAGACUUUGAUUUUGAAGGAAACUUGGCUCUUUUUGACAAAGCAGCAGUUUUCUCAGAGAUUGACAUAUCAGAGCGCCGUAACGGUGCAAGGUCACGUGGGACGCCACAAGAGCAGACGCCUUUACGGUACCGGCAUGAUGAGAACAUCCUGGAGGCCAAACCUGUUGUAUACAGACAGAUUACUGUACCACAGCCUGGGGUCAAAGAAUACUGCACUGACUCUGGGCUUGUUGUACCUAGUAUAUCUUAUGAGCUACACAAGCGUCUCUUGUCGGUCGCUGAGCGUCAUGGUCUUUCAUUGGAGCGAAGACUGGAAAUGACUGGAGUGUGUGCCAGUCAGAUGGCACUUACAUUGCUCGGUGGGCCAAAUAGAUUCACUCCAAAAAAUUUACAUCAGCGUCCCACAGUGGCUCUGCUGUGUGGCCCUCAUGUUCAGGGGGCUCAGGGCAUCAGCUGUGGUCGUCACCUGGCGAAUCAUGAAGUGGAGGUCAUCCUGUUUCUGCCCAAUUUUGUCAAGAUGCUCGACUCUGUCACCAGCGAGCUCACGCUCUUCAACAAAACUGGGGGCAAACAGGUGUCAAGUAUCAGAGACCUUCCAGACACCCCCGUGGACCUAAUCAUUAACUGCCUGGACUGUCAUGAGAACACGUUCCUGAUGGAUCAGCCUUGGUACCGAGCAGCUGCAGACUGGGCUAACCAGAACCGAGCCCCGGUACUCAGCUUAGACCCUCCUGUUAGUGGCCAGGGUCAGGCAGUUGAGGCCAAGUGGUCCCUCUCUCUUUGCCUCCCGCUUCCCCUGGGUGAGGGAGCUGGCAGGGUUUACCUGUGUGACAUAGGUGUUCCUCGCCAGGUGUUCCAGGAAGUGGGAAUCAAGUACCAUUCUCCGUUUGGGUGCAAAUUUGUCAUCCCCCUGCACUCUGCAUAGUGGGACUAAUGUUCAACAUGACAGAUUGUGUAAACCUUCCACCAUCCUUGACCAUUUGGGUUUGGGCGCCUUAUAUUAGAAAGCUUCAGCUGUUUUUCAGUUCAUCCCUUAAGUUUCUAACUCAUCAACGUGUGGAAGGGGCAUUUCCCUCACACUGAAGGACCACUGUUUGGUACAUUAGUUCUACAAGGACUAAAAGCAAAUGGCUGGACAAGGAAACAGCUUUCAGAUCUUCGUUUAAAAAAUAGAUGCCAUGAAAAUGAAAGGCUUCAGCAAUUAUGGAGAUACCAUUGUAUUUACAUGAAAUUACAAGAUAUUUUGAAGAUAGGUUAUUCAAAAAAUACCGCGUUCAGUAAAUUGAAUAGGACAAUCUCUCACUUAAAAUGGAAAAUUUCAAUCUCAUUGAAAUCUAACAUCAUUCCAAAGCCAUGUUGCUAAUAAAUAGAGAUCUACCAUAGAAUACAUGUGAAUACAAUGCAUUUACAUUAAUCUCGAUGCGAUGACAGAAAUCCCAUUUACAUUAGUGUUUAUAAUUGCUAAUGACUCUGCCUACAGCUUUCCAUAUUUUGCAGCAUUCACUAAAUGUUGUCUCAGGAUUUAUUAGGAUAAACGUUUAUUUAACAAUGAGAAAUUUCAUCGGAGAAAAAUGUGGAAUAUUUGUCAUUGUAAUACUGUGUUUUCAGACUAAAGCAGUGUUGAAUGGGGCAGCUACUGGAGAGAUUCCAGAUACCAGCAGUUUUGUUUGUCUGUGGUAAUUUAGGCUGUUUUGAUAAGGGCUCAGAAAAGAUGAGACAGAUGAUGUGAAACUGAGAAAUCUUGCCUUUUAGUGAUGAUUUCAUGGAAGACGUUUGUUGAUUUAAUUUGGGUAAAACUGUAUCAGCUGAA